AUGCUUAAACAAGAAGAUGCAUCAGUGCUUUUUUCUAGGCUUCUGGAUCAGCUGAUGAAGAGCGACAAAUAUGGGGAGCGCCGUGGAGCAGCAUUUGGAUUAGCUGGAGUGGUUAAAGGAUUUGGGAUUUCUUGUUUGAAGAAGCAUGGCAUUGUGACUGUACUGCGAGAAGGUCUUGUUGACAGAAAUAAAGAUGUUGUGAAAGAUGAUGAGCCCUCAAUUUUCGAAACACGGAAGAAAGCUUGGAAUUCUGCUAGAUGCCGUGAAGGUGCUUUGCUGGCAUUUGAGUGCCUUUGUGAGAAGCUUGGGAGAUUGUUUGAACCGUAUGUGAUUCAAAUGUUGCCACUGCUUCUGGUUUCUUUCUCUGAUCAAGUUAUUGCUGUUCGAGAAGCUGCUGAAUGUGCUGCUCGUGCUAUGAUGUCUCAACUUAGUGCUCAAGGGGUCAAGCUUGUCCUUCCGUCGCUUCUUAAGGGCCUUGAAGAUAAAGCUUGGCGGACAAAGCAAAGUAGUGUACAACUUCUUGGUGCUAUGGCCUAUUGUGCUCCACAGCAACUGUCUCAAUGCCUCCCUAGGAUCGUGCCAAAGUUGACAGAGGUGUUAACAGAUACCCAUCCCAAAGUUCAGUCGGCGGGCCAAACAGCCCUUCAGCAGGUUGGGGGUGUGAUAAAGAAUCCAGAAAUAUCUUCUCUUGUCCCGACUCUUUUAAUGGGUCUUACAGACCCCAAUGAUUAUACAAAAUACUCCCUUGAUAUUCUUCUCCAAACAACUUUUGUUAACACAAUUGAUGCUCCUUCACUCGCCCUGCUGGUACCAAUAGUCCACAGAGGGCUACGGGAGAGGAGUGCCGACACUAAAAAGAAAGCUUCCCAAAUAGUUGGAAAUAUGUGUUCAUUAGUGACAGAACCGAAGGACAUGAUUCCUUACAUAGGGUUGCUUCUUCCUGAAGUAAAAAAGGUUCUUGUUGAUCCAAUCCCUGAAGUUCGGUCUGUUGCUGCGAGGGCCCUUGGUUCACUUGUAAAGGGGAUGGGAGAAGAAAACUUCCCAGAUCUUGUUCCAUGGUUGUUAGAUACACUUAAGUCUGAUAGUAGUAAUGUUGAACGCUCUGGAGCUGCUCAAGGGCUGAGUGAGGUAAGAUUUUAA